AUGGCCUCGCCCGAUGAGCUGGACGCAGCCUCCGUGGCCUCGCCCCACGCGUCUCCCGAACACCGCGACGGGGCGCGCGAGGCUACCGAGCCCUGCGUCGUGUGCGGAGGGCCCACGGUGCUGUGCUGCAGCGGUGGCCGAGAGAUCCCUGCCUUCAAGCAAGAGAUCGUGCUGGCGGGUCGUGAGCAUGCAAUCAAAGGUGCUGAGGAGAAGCGUGAGCAGCUGAGAGCUGCUGCAGUGGCCGCUUCCAGGGACCGACGCUAUAUGGACGUCUUAGACUCAGCCAUGCAGGCAUACCAAAUGGGUUCAGCUGAGUCUCGGCGACGCACUGCGGGUGAACCGGAUGUCGACCUGAACCAGCUCGUGGAGCUCCUGCUGCUGGCGCGUGCCACACAUGUGGCCGGGGAGCAUGCCUCGGGAUUGAAAUAUUUGGACCAUUUGGCGAAGAUGGUCGAUAGCUUGACAGGUGCUGAUGGCAACUUGCCCAUUUUCCACCCUUGCUCUGCCGCCACGCUGCUGUUGUGCACCGCUGAGCUGUGCUUGCUGUUCGGCCAGCAGGAACGCGCCACCGAUUACAGCCGUGCCUACUUGGCAAUGGCCCGAUUGGCACAUGGUGAGGGCUCCCCUGCGGCAGGGGAUGCCUAUGGGUUUCAUGCGGCCCUGCUGACACGCAGAGGAUCCUUGGAAGAGGCAUUGCAUCAUACCAUGAUGAUGCUCCAGGUACGGCAGCGAUGUGGCAGUGAAAAGUCUGUGGCAGAUGCUCAUUGGAACAUCGGUGUUUUGUUGCGAGAGCUGCAUCAGUAUACCUCUGCGCUGGAAAGCCUCGAAUCCUCGAGAGAGAUCUACUCCCGUUGCUCGGGCGAAGGCCUUGAGACCUCUCAAACUGAGUCUAGGCGAAGCAUCGAAGGGGGGCGACCCGCGUCGGGUCGGGGUGAACCACGCGGGUCGAUGGGUGUCCCGUCCGACCUCGUUCAGCGGAUGGAGCUGGAGGUACAGAAAGCACGAUGA